AUGACUAGUGUGCCUUUAGUUUAUGACUCCCUCGAUGAGAUUGAUGACAAGGUUCAAUUAGUGAAUGAUUUUUACCAUGAUCAUCGGUUGGAGUAUUCACAAAAGAAAAAUAUUAGAAAAGAAGAACUGAAUUUUAGGCUGUUACAAUUAAAGAAGCUGUACUAUUCUGUUAUGGAUAAUGAGGAAAUGUUAAUUGAAGCUAUGUAUAAAGAUUUUCAUAGGGCAAAAAUGGAAUCACUAUCGUUUGAAUUAAUUAAGUUACAGAAUGACAUUCUGUUUUUAAUUAAAAAUUUAAAGAAGUGGUACCUUAAGCCCACGAAGUUAAAAGAUUACACGCCACCAUUUAUGUUUGGAAAUAUUUUCGUUGAUAAUAUUUCAUUAGGGAGUGUUUUAGUCAUUUCACCUUUUAAUUUUCCAGUUCUACUAGCACUAGCUCCUCUUGCAGGUGCUAUUUCAGGGGGGAACACUGUUAUCUUGAAACCAAGUGAGGUGACUAGCUACUCUGCAAUGGCUUUGCAAAAAGUAAUUGAAGAUUCAAAGUUUCCUAAAGGAAUGAUUGAAAUUGUACAAGGUGGUAUCAAAGAAACUACAAGAUUGUUGGAAUCUGGGAAGUUUAAUAAAAUAUUUUACACUGGUUCUGAAAAAGUCGGCUCGAUUGUAGCUGUUGCUGCUAGUAAAACUGUGACUCCUUGUAUUUUGGAAUUAGGUGGAAAGUCACCUACUUUUAUUACAGAGCACUUUUCUAAAUCCAAUAUAAAAACUGCUAUUAAGCGAACAUUUUUCAGUGGAUUUGCAAAUGCUGGCCAAAUAUGUGUUAGACCGGACUAUCUUGUAGUACAUGAAUCAAUUUACGAUGAAGUUGUCAGCAUCUCGAAAGAUGUCCUAAAUGAAUUCUGGCCUUCGCUAACAGAAGAUACAGAAUACACAUACUUGGUAAAUGAAACUUCUUUUAAAAAUGCUAAGAAAGUAUUGAAUAUGACGAAAGGUGAAAUAUACUCUGUUGACUGUAAAGAAAAGGAAGAAUUGGAAAAUAACUUAUGUAUCCCACCAACAAUUAUAUUUAACAUUGAUUGGUCUGAUUCUGUCAUGGAAUCUGAGAAUUUUUCUCCAAUUAUUCCUAUCAUUAAGUAUACUAAUUUAGACAAUGCAAUAGAUAAUAUCAUUAAAUGUCAUGAUACUCCUCUGGUUCAAUAUAUUUUUUCAAAUGACAGACAAGAAACAGAGCAUAUUUUAAAUAGAGUAAGAUCCGGUGGUUGUAUUGUUGGUGAUACUUUAAUUCAUUUGGGUAUUGCUGACGCGCCCUUUGGUGGAAUUGGGAAAUCAGGAUAUGGUAAUUAUGGUGGUAAAUGGAGUUUCAAAGCAUUCACGCAUGAAAGAUUAUCUUUUAAACAACCAUUUUGGAUGGAUCUACUUUUAUCAAUGAGAUAUCCUCCGUAUACAAAAUCAAAAACAAACUUAGUACAAUUUGCAACGGCGAAUAAACCUUGGUUUGAUAGAGAAGGAAAUGAUCUUUUUCCCUGGACACGUCUGUCAUAUAUUCUAGCUAUCAUUUUCAUAUUUAUUUCCAUCUUGGUAGGGUACUGUUACGCUUAA